UUCUUUUGUUUGCGCGCAUCUCAAUUUUGUCUUCCGAUAUCAUCGCCGCGCAGGCAGAGUAGCCUCUAGUCCUACCAGAAAAUCGGCAGAUUAGGCCAUGGAGGAAUGGGAUCCGAACACGAAGUCAGCCCUUACGAAGAUCCCACUGCUCGCGACCCGCGCCGGACCCCGCGAUGGCGCGGCAUGGACGCAGCGCUUGAAGGAGGAGUACCGAGCCCUAAUUGCGUAUACUUCGAUGAACAAAUCCAAUGACAAUGACUGGUUCCGUAUCUCCGCCGAUAACCCCGAGGGCACUCGAUGGACGGGAUCCUGCUGGUACGUCCACAAUCUCCGACGCUACGAGUUCCGUCUCCAAUUCGACAUCCCCGUCACCUAUCCCACCACAGCCCCUGAGAUCGAGCUGCCCGAACUUGAUGGAAAGACCCACAAGAUGUAUAGGGGAGGGAAGAUCUGCCUGACAGUACAUUUCAAGCCCCUCUGGGCCAAGAACUGUCCACGAUUUGGAAUUGCUCACGCUUUGUGCUUGGGCCUUGCACCAUGGUUGGCAGCGGAGGUGCCUAUUCUGGUUGAUUCUGGCAUGGUGAAGCAUAAGGAUGAUGAAGUUUCAUCAGUAGAAUCCUGAGUACAGUAUUGCGUCAAUUACUUAUCUGGAAAUAAAUAUGAUCAAUAAAUGUUCUUUGACUGGCACUAUUAACUGUUUUAGGAAAGAAAUUAUAGUUGAAAUGCUUCGUGCAAUCAGCUAAAUUCAUGGAUGGAAUUGUUUAUAUAGGUUUGCUUAUAUCUUUUUAGACUACUUAAUGUCAAGUACAUUUUUGAGGAAAUGUACACUUUGGACUUCAGUUGAGCAUGUGUUAAGCUGAGGCGGUGGUUAAGUUGAUUUGCUGACAUUUUCACUAGAAAUGCCAUCUUAGAGAC